AGCCACUGUGAGUGCUCACAUGUGCAGAGUUGAAAUUCGACGACCUGGUCAGUCGCUUUGUUGGGGUUGCAUGCUGAAUGCCAAACACGGCCACUAGUCCUACUGGACGCUUGGAUGAAUAUAUCCGCAGCUUUGAAGAGCGAUAUGGCGUGGUUCCCAUCGAGGAGGUCCACCCCAAGAGCGAUGUCAACGAGUCGCUUGGAUCCAUCAGCAGUAUCAGCGUGGAACGAUCUGCUGGAAAUUCAAACAGGGAGGCCAUAUUGGCACCAGCCAGGCCUUCAGUGUGUCAUACGACCAGUUCAUUGCAUUUGGCACCAAUGUCAACUCCACGGUUUCCUUGCCAAAGUGAUGAAAGCACUGAAGGCGUACUUGCCCCCAUGAAAGUUCAACUUUGCAAAGAGGGUGAGAGCGGUACUGCGUAUAAAACGUGCCCUUGCCACUUUCCAAGCUCCAGCUUCAAAGGCAAUACGGGGAAUCAGGGGCUCAGCUACUUGGACACAGCCAGCACGGUUGGUAUGCCUUUUUCACAUCCAAGCACGGGUGGCACGGGUGGCUUCCAUUCUGUCCAUUCAGGCUGGACAGCAAAUGACAUGGAACGAUUUCAACUGGCGGCGGCAUCUCCGACUCGACCCCUGAUGAUGGAGCCAUCCUCUGGUCUGUGGGCAUCAUGGGCUCCGGUCUUUGCUUCACACGGCUCCACCAGCCUGAGCAGUUCCGGGGCGCUGCGCACCCCAGCGGCUCCCUGUGCCAAGCCUGAGAGGGCUCGCGCCUCCAGCAACCCUCCAGCGCCGACAGCCGUUCAUUUGAUGGGUCCACAGAAUGCUUCCACCCGCUUAUGUGUGCCAAUGGGCGAGAGAAAGAGAGAAAGGAAAUUGAAGAGAGAACUUCAGAGUUUUCGACAUAAUGAGUUUGCAAGCCCCCUGCGUGCUCCCAGAGGGCCGCCGCAAAGAGAUGCUGCCGCAGCUGUGGAAGUCGCCAAAGCUGCAGCGUCUGCAGCUGCCAUGGUUUCAUGUGGCCGUCCUCGCAAAGCAGCAUGCAAUUCAAUUGAAUUGGCUAGGCCGCCUCGUUUGAGUCCCUCCGAGGCAGGAACGCCGACCUUGCAUGGUCUUUUAAGCUCCGAGUUUCCCAGAAUGGAUCCACUCAGCUUGCCCGCUGCACCUGCGCGGGCGGCCUUGAGGAGCCCUACGAGGUCAUAUGCUGGCUUUGGGUCUGAUGAUGAAGUGAACUGCCAGAGUCCAGUUCGAAUACCUCAACCAUCGAAGCUCCUGCGGCCGAGCAAGAUUGAGGGCAUUGGGGAGAUGGCAGUGCAGACAGACACUGCCCAGACGCAGCUGGAGGAGUGCAUGAAUCCAGUGACGUCAAGCUUGCACUGCGAUGCUGGUGUGCAAACAGAUCAGGGUGCAGCUGCAACUAGCCAGGUGCUGGCGAGGUGGUCCUUCAGUCCUGACAAGGUGCAAUUGGACAGGUUCAAUUCACCUUUGCAGGGUGUCACUCAGGAGCCUGGCUUACGAAUUUCCCAGGCCACAAUGCAGACGCCUGACCAAGUGCCAUUGAAUGGCAUUUCGCAAUCCACUCCGGACUUUGGAGAAAUGGAACUAUCCUUUGCCGCAUCGCAAUUGAAACGCUGGCAAGAGCCUGUCCCAAGUGAUUUGGAACCCAUUCGUGAGAACUGGAUUCGAAAUGGUUUGUCGAAGCAAUCCAUGAAGAAGUGUGGGGCAGAUGAUGCAAAUGUAGCUUCUGCGUCCAAAGCUGCUUGUGAUGCUGAUCUGGGACAGCUAAAGCAGCAACUUCAGGCUGCACUGGCGCGUGGGCUAACACAGUUGCACCGCUUGCAGAUAUUGGCUGGAUAAGCCAUGGAGUCAAAAAAGAGCGCUCCUUCCAAGAGUUAGACGAUCACAAUGGGAGAUCCUAAUGUACUUUGGG